AUGGGGUUGCUCAAAAAGCGAAUCAAGUCAGAGAGUGGGGAAUUGAGGUAUCCCGAAGAUCUCUCAGCCUGCGAAGCCCAGCUGGACCAUCCUGACGAAACCUCUCUAGCAAUUGUUGAGUAUUUGGAACAAGGCAAAGGGCAAGGAGAGGGACGUGUUGCUUUGGGGAGACGAGGUAAUUGUCUACAACACCUGGCUGAGCGCUGGGGAGCGUGGGUUGACUUCUUGUGUCAGGUUGAAUACCUCGUUGUCGCUGUCAGCGAUGAGGAGCAGAGAGCACGUCUGUCUCUUCGCCAGGCAGAAAUUCUCAAGUCGCUUGAGAAAGAUGAAGAGCUUGCAGAGGGAAACGAUUCGUGUGUGCGAGGGCUAAUUGAUGGCGAUGACCCGGGAAUCAGAGCGGAACCACUUCCAAAAUUCCAUCCAGAGUUCGGUCGCUUCAUGCUUGAGGCAACCCCGGGAAAGCCAUGGGGCAUAGGGUUCCGAGAUCUCUUAAAAGUGGAAUCGGAUAUGAAACGGAGGUAUAUCGACUGCAUGCGUCAAGUCUAUCCGGGCCUUUUACUGAUUGAUCCAAUUACAAGGCGGGUGAUCGCGAAGAACCAUAUGGCUCCGAACGAAUAUCCCAUCACCCUGACUACCUUUCCCCGGCUAGGGACAAAGGAUGAUUUCUCCACGCCCAGUUUCCCGCUUUCGGGAGACGCUUUGCGAUCGCAAUUCGUCCCGGACGAGAUCGCAAAUCCGCACAUUCGAUUUCCCACAUUGGCUGCCAAUAUUCGACAAAGAAGAGGACGCAAAGUGCAGUUGAAUGUUCCCGUGUUCCGAGACACAAAUACCCCUUGGCCCUUUAACGACCCCACGGUCAAUUAUGACCUCCACACGUGGCCUGAAGACAGUGAUGUGCGGAAUGGUGCCGUCAAGGAAAACCAUGUAUACAUGGAUGCCAUGGCCUUUGGGAUGGGGAGCUGCUGUCUGCAGAUUACCUUCCAGUGCAAGAAUAUAAACGAAGGACGAAAACUUUACGAUCAGCUGAGUCCAUUGGGUCCGAUUAUGCUGGCGUUGACCGCCGCGACCCCUAUAUACAAGGGAUUCCUUGUGGAUACUGACGUUAGAUGGAAUCAAAUCAGUGGCGCUGUGGAUUGCAGAACAGCUGAAGAAUUGGGGGAAAAACCCCUGAAAAACGACAGAUGGAGAAUUCCAAAAUCUCGCUACGGUUCCAACUCGACUUACAUCUCUCAAGACUCCAGGUUAAGGCCAGAGUAUAUGGACCCCGACCUCGUUAUAGAUGAAGACAUCAAAAGACGAUUAAUGGAGGGUGGAAUGGACAACCUCUUGGCCACCCAUUUCGCCCACCUGUUUAUCCGCGACCCAAUCGUUAUAUUCGCCGAAGAUCUCAAGGAGCUUGACCUUAACAAGACGGAUCACUUUGAGAAUCUUCAAUCUACCAACUGGCAGCAUAUCAGAUUUAAGCCGCCACCGGCCGAGAACGACAUUGGCUGGCGAGUGGAGUUCCGACCCAUGGAGAUUCAGGUCACCGAUUUCGAGAAUGCUGCGUUUAGCAUAUUCAUGGUCCUCAUCACCCGAGCCAUUCUCAGUUUUGAUUUAAAUUUCUAUAUUCCCAUAGCGCGGACGACUGAAAACAUGGAAACCGCCCAUGCUCGCAACGCCGUCCUUGAAAAGAAGUUUUAUUUCCGCAAGGACCCUUUCCCCCAUCGCCUACCUCGCCAGAGCGCUAGCAAUUCUCCAUCCAGCUCCCGCUCUCCGUCUGCACCGCCUUCUCCAUUUUUGGGGCCCGUGGAGUCGGACAAACUACCUCAACCUAAUCCGAUAUCGCGCGACGGGAGAGUGUGGACGAACGCGAAGUGGAUUAGAGAGUUUGUUGCAAAACAUCCUGAAUACCAGCAUGACAGUGCUGUUUCGGACAAAAUCUGUUACGACCUGGUCAAAGCGGUGGAGGACAUCACCGAAAAAGAAGGCAAGGGUGGAAGUGUUGGAUGGGAGAUGUUGUAUACGAAUCUGACGAAGAGUCGAGAAGCAGCCACAUGA